AUGGAUGUGGUAUGUCAGAAACAUAUCCAAGAACGGGAAGAACUGGAGUGUUAUCAGAAGAAACUUUUGGAAGAGAAAGAUGCAGUCAUUAAAGACAAAGAUGAUGUUAUUCAGAAGCUGGAAAGCUCUUGUGAGGCCCUGGCCAGAGAUCAAAGAGAGCUACUGCAAGAAGUGUCAGCUCUGACUGCAGAGAGAGAUUCAGCCCUAGGUAAACACUCAGAUCUUAAAAAUAAACAUACAGCCUUAAAAACUGAACUGGACAGUCUAUUGCAGACAAGUCGGAGUCUGCAGUCCGAGAAGGAGAUGCUCCUUAAAAGCACAGACGAGCUGCGUGUGAGUUUAGACAACGCGGUUAGCGAAAACCAAGCGUUAAAAGUGAGAACAGAAGAGAUGCAAACAGAACUCGAGACUGAACACAAAGAACUUGAAAAAGCAACAAAAGACAAUAUGGAGUUGAAGGAUUCGCUUGCUAGUCUCUCUUGUCGUCUUGAGGAAAUAAAAGCGGAGAGAGAGAGAUCCAAUUCUGAAUGUAUCCAGUUACUUCAAGAGAAAGAGGCUCUUUCUUCCUCGGAACGAAGGCUUUUGGCUGAAAGGGAGGAACUUUUAGAUGAAAACAAGGCAAUUGCCGAGAAGCUUGCUACAGCCACAGAAGAUGCCAUACUUGCUGAGAAAGUCUUUACUGAGAAAAUAAACAAACUGAAUUUAGAAAAGGAAUCUGUUUGUCAUAAGUCGUUGCAAUUUGAAAAGGACAACAAAGUUCUUCUUCGAGAGAAGAAUGAAUUGGAGAACAAAUACUCAGAGCUUCUCGAGGAAAACAAAUCUUCUGCAAAGACAAUUUCUGAUAUGAAGAGAGAACAUGAACUGGCUGUCUCAGCCAGGAGAGCUCUGGCCCAAGAGAACACCAUGCUCCGAGAUUCCGUGGAAGCCCUCAAGGAAGAACUAAGAAAGAAGAGUCUAGAAAAUCAAGAGCUAACAGCCUGUAAGUGUGACCUUUCAGAUCUUCUGAAAGAGGCCCAGGAUGCCAGAAGGACACUAGAAAAUGAGCUGGCGGCUGUGUCCCAUGCCAAGCAGGUCCUGUCAUCAUCGUUGGAGACCUGUUCCUCUGACAGGGAAAGGCUGAGCAGAGAGAGGGCGGAAUUGCAAGAUAAGUGUCAGAAAUUAGUUGGAGAGGUUGAGAUUCUGAAAGAAAACUUAACCAUAGAAAAGGAAGCUGGAAAACUGGACAGGGAAUCAUUUUUGUUGGAACGUACGGAACUUCAAAGCAGCGUCAGCUUCUUAGAGAAGGAGGUAGAGGAGCUGAGAGAGAAAUACAAAGAACUGCUGACUGAGAAAGAAUUUUUAGUUCAGGAGAAAGAAAAAUCUGAAACCAAACUGGCAGAAAUAAUUAAGGAAAAAGAAACCCUCUGUGCAGAGACAGAGCAGCUCGUUUCCAGUAUGGAACAACUGAAGGGUGACUUUGUUUCCUUGUCUAAAUCAAAAGCAGAGCUCCAGGACUUGCACAGCUGCAUCUGCGAGAGGCUGGAUGAUCUUCAACACAGGCAUGAGGUGAUGGAGGAGGAGAGAAUACAGCUGCUGCAGGAAAUUGACAGCCUGCUCGCUGAACAGAAGAGUCUGGUCAUUAUUAAGGAAAAAAUACUGAAAGAGAAGGAGAAAUUCUCCAAGGAUUACUAUAAACUGCACGAGGAAGUAGCACUUUUAGAACAAACUAAUAGUGACCUCUCAGGCAAAUUGCUGGUCUCUCAGGGCAGAAAUGAGAUGCUGCAGGAGGAGAUGAACAAUCUGGCUUUGAAACUAAAAGAAAUUGAGACUCUCCAGGCCCAAACAGUAGCGCAAAAAAAUGAGGUAUUGAAACACGUAGUUAAACAAUAA